AGACGCUCCUCUUGGAAGUUUCACCUGCCAAUAUCCCUGCUUCUUACUUACUAUUAAUACAAAGGACUAACUUUCAUGCAAUUAUGAGAAAUAAACCUAAAAACAAGAGAGGCAAGUUAGUGACUAAGGGGUUAUUUAAGCCCCGAUUGCACAUACUACCCGUUAACGUCUGGCGAUCUUUGGGAGGCCCCAAACACCCCGCACACGUCAUCGUCCAAUAGACCUGUUAGCGCUCAGCUGGGCUUGCUAGAGCUGUGACGCAGGCGUCUCGGCUCUGAGACUAGAUAAACGUUUUGUCUCUCGUGUCUACAUAAGCCUCUAAUUCCACGUUUCUACCUCCUUAGCAAAGACAUUCCAGAUUAUUGCUUUUUUCCUUCAACUCUUGAACGCCGCAAUCAAUUAGUUCCCUUGAAAUCCAUAUCAUCAUCAUGAGCUACGAGAGACAGCAAGACUUCGGCGGCAACGUCACCCACGGCGGCGCCUACCCCGCAGGCGGCGGGUACCCGCGCGACGACGACGACGACCUUCGCGGGGCCUCGGAGCACGCGAGCCGGCACGCCGGGUCCUCGGGGUCGAGCGACCUAUUCUCCAGCCUCCUGGGCAGCCUGACGCAGAAGAAGCACUCGCUAGCUUCCGAGGAAGUGGACGAGGACGACGCGGUGAAGCAGCACAAGAGAUUUUUCGGGCGCGGCGACGACGACGAUGGUGACGAGGCCGACGAUAAGUCUAUGGGAUCCGCGGCCGCCAUGCAGGCGUUAAAGAUGUUUAGCGGCGGGCAGAGCGGCAGUUCGCACGAGAGCAACAGCCAGAGCGCGUUUGUAGGACUUGCUAUGGCUGAGGCUAGCAAGCUCUUCGAUCAGAAGGCCUCUCAAGGCAAGGUCUCGAGCGACAGCAGCAAGGAAUCCGCCGUCAUGAAGGCCGGCGAGAUGGCUCUCAAAAUGUACCUAAAGAGCAACGGCAGCGGCGGUUCGUCGUCAAGCUCCGGUCUUCUCGGCCUGGCGUCCAAGUUCCUCUAAUCAAAUCGCCUAAACCUCUCAACUUUUCCAAAACGCGAUCGUGUUAGGUCGAACGACGGGAUUAGGUGGAAUUUUGCAGAAGAAUGUGUACCGCUAUGAGAUUAUGGGAGAAGCACACUAGGUAGCUCCCUAAACCUAGCCGGCUAGGCCCCCUAUAAAAUCCAACAAAAAUAUUUCACAAAUUAACCUCUCUUGGAACUCCCAAAGUGAAGUUACUGCUGUCUUUGUCCCUAUUCCUGUCAAUAUCUCAUGCGUGAAUAUCCAACUCGGUAAGAGUCAAAUCAUCGAGAUCGUGUAACGCGGGCCGCUCCCACC